UAGCGUUGAUGCUCGAACGUAUGACCAAUACAGCCAAAUAGGAUUAACAAUGUUAAUCAUCUUUAUCACUGCUGUCGUCGCUGUAAAUCUUCAUCCAAAUAUUGUAUUGGGCAAAGAUUGUAAUUCAUGCCUCAGAGCUGUGACUUUCACAAAACAUGGAAAUUGGUCAAGAUUUACUAGCAGUGAUUCAAUCUUGGUUACCAAAGCAAGAACUGUAACCCAAUGUUCUUUGUUCUGUCUAAGACAUUACCCGAAGUGUCAAUCAAUUCACUAUGACAAGGUGUCAUCAUCGUGCGAAUUAAUGACGGGUAUGGAACCAUCAGGACAAAGAAACACACAGAACAAUGACAUGGUAUAUGGAAUAAAUUUUCCAAAGGACUGCGGUGAUAUUUUGAAGACGUCUCAAAAUUCUUUAAGUGGCGUUUACGAGGUUUCCAACGACGGUAACGCACCAAAGCUUGUCUACUGCGACAUGGACACUGAUGACGGAGGAUGGACGGUUUUUCAGAGAAAGAGGCGAAUGUUAGGUAGGCCUAACUCUUUAGACUUCAAUAGACCGUGGGUUGAAUACAAGAAUGGCUUUGGCAACCUACUUGGUGAAUUCUGGCUGGGAAACGACUUCAUCCACAAAAUGACGUCAUGCCACGGGGAGUACAAAUUUCGAUUGGAUAUGGAGACAACUACUGGUGAAAAUCAAUACACAACAUAUGCACCAAUUUACAUUGCAGAUGAGAGUGAUCAAUACAAACUGGAACUAGGACGUGUGGUAGGAAACAGUAGUAGUAUUUCACUCUGGACGCUUAAUAGCCAACAUUUCAGCACAUUUGACAACGAUAACGAUGCUUUAGAGAACGGAUCGUGCGCUGAGAAUAAAAGAGGAGGAUUUUGGUAUUAUUUUUGUUGUUCCUGUUGCCUGAAUGGUGAUUCAUUUGAUUGUGAAAUCAACGGUAUUAGAAAAGAUUUGAGUUACUCAGAAAUGAAAAUUAAGCGUAUGAAUUAGGCCUAAACAUAACCAAAACCAAGUGUCAUAUCGUGUUGAAUAUCAUAUGCCAGGCUACCUUACUUACCUACUCAUAAAGUCCUGGGACGGAUGCAGGAUUUGGUGUUAGGGGUGCGUGAGAGUCCACACUACCUCAGCCCCAACAUGGGAAAAUUUUGAGAAUAUGUACCUCUAAGAGCCCUGAAAUUGCACUGUCAUACCUCAAAAAUCUUACCGGUAAUUCAUAUAAACAAUACAAUAAAACCAUUAUUAUUUUAAAUAUAAUUACGAUGCAAUCGCAAGGGGGGUUCGAUCGCACCAUCUGCACCCCACCCCCUGCAUCCGCCCAGAAGUCCAUCAGACAGUUGUAAUUGGUAUGGUGUAAUUGCAUAAUGUAUAUUGCAAACGUAGUUCUACAUAUUCCAUUUAUAUAAAAUUAGUAGACAAAAAAGAAAUAACAUUCUUCAGAGUGACUAUUUUGAAGCAUAGCUUUUUUUUGUAAACUUAUUCUAAGCAAGCAUACGUGUAUUUUGAUCAUCACUAACAUCAAUAUACAUAUAUAUAUAUGUACAUAUGUA